AUGCAGUUCACCAACAUUCAGCGCGUGGACGGUGGAGGCGCUCCUAGCGGUGGAGUGGCCAUGCCUGCACCUGUUCUCAACGCCAUGAAGCACGCCCGCCUGGACGACACGAUCCCAGUUGCCGAUCGGUGGUACGACGAGACCGGAGUCCGGGGUGCGGUUCGUGACGACGUCCAUUCUUUCAAGCUGGUGCCAAGUGUGGCCGCCGCCACCAAGACCGACUUGGAGGCCGGAGUCCACGCCCCUACCACACGCCAGUACGCCGUCACCGUGAAGAUUCCAGCCGAAUGCGCUGCGGACUGGGGUGUGGCGGACGCCGCGAACAAGGCGCUGAUCGACCAGCGGGUCAAAUCAGUUUCCACGGCCCUUGCAUCUCACCGCGAGGCGAUCAAGAAGAAAUCAGACGAGUUGGCCGCCUCGUCGAGGUUCACGAAG